AUGUGGCAUGUGGUAAACGGCCGAGGGCUCAAGGUGGGACAUGCAGCAUCUAGAAUCGCGCGCCUUCUCAUCGGCAAGCACAAGCCCACCUACAACCCCGCCUUCGACGCGGGCGACUACGUGGUGGUGACCAACGCGGAGAAGCUCAUCUUCACCGGCGACAAGUGGAAGCAGAAGCUCUACCGGUGGCACACGGGCUACCCCGGCGGUCUCAAGGAGGUGAAGGCCAAGGACAUGCUCUACAAGCACCCCGAUGCCAUCAUCCGCACUGCCGUCUCCAAGAUGCUGCCGAAGAACAAGCUGAGGUGGGAGCGGCUGAAGCGGCUGAGGGUGUUCGUGGGCGAGGAGCACCCGCACGAGGGGCAGGUGUCGCAGGGCUACCACUACCAGGUCGAGCCCCAGAGCAGGAGCGCCGUCGACCCGGCCCUCGCGGCCUUCCGGGACCAGGUGGUGGCCGACCCCGACGCCUUCGUCCGCAAGUACGGCGGCGGCAAGUUCUCGAUCGUGCCGCAGGAGCAGGGCAUGGCCGUGGUGGCCACCAAGAUCAAGGGCACCCACGCCCACGCCGUGCGCUCCUUCGGCAACACCCGCUCGCUCCGCGCCGCCCGCCUCGACCGACUCCGCAAGGUGGUCGAAGACAUCCAGUCCGCCCAGGCCCGCGAGGCCGCCAAGCGCGACCCGCUCUAA